AUGGCGCCUCCCACGUCCCUGUCGUCGCACGAGCGGACAAGGGUAGAGGACUAUCUGAAUGACAAGAUCCAGGUUUCUGCUGAUCUUGAAAGCCUGGAUUCAUUGCUCUCCAGCCUCCGCGCGCAACAGGAGCUUCAACGGAAGCAGCUAUCGGAAGCGCAAGAAGCACUCUCAAAUGCGACCAAGGCCUCUAACGACCAUGCGGAGGCCACGCGAAUGCGUGCCGAGGCAUUUGCGGCAGAGCAGGCGGACAUCGAUCGGCGGCUGAAGGCCAUCACACCAUCGCAGACUACCGAUGAAGCGGUACGGCGGCUCGAGAAUGGGAUGGAAAGACUGCAGCUACUGGAGCUUUCCAAGGGGUAUGUGGAGCUGCUGAAGGAGGCCGAGGAGUUAAGCAAGGAAGCUCUCGCCAGCAUAUCCUCGGAUCCUCGUGCCUCUUUGAAACCCUAUGCUCGACUGCGAAGUAUCGUGCUGUCUCUGAAAGAAGCUCAGCCUGCUGCCGAGGGAGCUGCCCCUCAUCUUAUCGACUAUACGGAGAAGUUGGCGUCCGCUCUGCGACUGCAACUCAAGACUUUCUUCAGCAAUCGACUCCAAAAGACACUCGAGAGUUUGAAAUGGCCGACGCACGAGCUGAACAUCACCGAUAAACUGCUGGGUCAAUGGAGGCAGGAUGUUGAGCUCUUGAUCGAUUUGCAGAUGCCGGAGCUUGAAUGUCGCGAUGUCCUGGAUAUUGCUAACAGUCUUGUGCCGCCCGCUCUGUUCCCCUUAGAAGUGAUGGUGCAUCCGCUAGACCUACGGUUCAAGUACCACUUUAGCGGUGACAAGCCAACAAAUCGACUGGACAAGCCCGAAUAUUUCCUGGCCCACAUUAUGGAUCUUAUCAACCAGUUUGGUGGUUUCUUCACGUCAUAUCUGCAACCAAUUCUCGAUGAAAAAGCACAAGUCGCCGGCCCAAGCUUCGAAUGGAACUUCUAUAAUGCUCUGCAUGCCUUCAUCACUGCAUUGCUUCCCAUGCUGAGACAGAAGAUCGAGUCCUUUCUCCCACAAAUCGCAAACCAUCCUCGGUUGCUCAGCCAUUUCAUCCACGAGUUGAUGAGCUUUGAUAACGACCUCCAGGAAACAUGGAACUAUUUGCCAGACCCCUAUGCGGAGGAAAACUGGAAAGGAAUAACCUGGGAAGUCCUCACAAAGCAAGGGUGGUACGAUCGUUGGCUUCAGGUGGAGAAAGAAUUCGCAUUGGCCCGAUACCAGGAUAUCAUCGACACCCCAGAUAGCGGAGAGAUCGACUACGAUGGAGUUGAGAUUACAGCUACCAAGCCUACCAAGGCCGCCAUCCGAGUAAAUGACCUGCUGGAAACUAUUACCGAGCGUUAUCAGCCAUUGUCAUCCUUCAGCCAGAAGCUGCGCUUCCUCAUUGACAUCCAAAUUACCAUCUUCGACCAGUUCCACGAGCGUCUCCACGAGGCAUUGGGCGCUUAUCGGACAAUGACUUCCACUCUUGGCCGUACAGUCCAGGGAUCUGACGGGCAAGCCAGCGUGGAGGGCGUGGCGGGUCUUGAACGGCUCUGUAGGGUUUUCGGCAGUGCCGAAUACCUGGAGAAAAAGAUGGAAGAUUGGAGCAAUGAUGUUUUCUUCGUUGAGCUCUGGACCGAGCUCCAAGUACGGGUUCAGCAAAACCGUGGCGGUGGCCGAAAUAUGGCCGGCAGCAUGUCCGUCGCGGAAGUUGCAUCCCGCACAUCGCCCGCUGUCGCCAACCACGGUGCCGCCAGUGCCCAGACCUCGGAUGGCGCCGCCCUCUUCGAUGAAACCGCUUCCGCAUACCGUCGUCUCCGGCUGCAAUCCGAAUCAAUCAUCACAUCCACGUUGACCUCGAAUAUCACCGCAGCCUUGAAACCCUACUCCCGCCUGGCCACUUGGGCGACGCUGUCUAACCCUUCAGCUGGCGCAACCGCAUCUUCCAUGUCGCUUUCUUCUGACUUGGCGCAUGCAAUGCGCACUCUGUCGACUCAGCUCAACUUCCUUGCUCGAGCUCUAGGUGUUGCACCUCUCCGACGAGUUUCGCGUCAGCUCCUUCUCUCAAUCCAGACUUACAUUUGGGACAACGUGUUGACGAGGAAUACCUUCUCUGACGUAGGCGCCGCUCAGCUGGCUAGCGAUACCGACCAUCUGUGCAGUGUUGUUGAUAACGCUCUGGGUGUGGCGGGCCAUGUGGGCGGUUCGAUGCGAAUUGUGAAAAAGCUCAAAGAGGGACUGCGUCUGCUUAACUUGAGCGCAUCUGCGGAUCCAGAUGCGGAAAAUAUGGACGGAGCUGGCGCUGCAAUAGGAUUGUGGGAUGUAGAGAAGAGGCUGUUCAGGGACAAUGAGAGCGCCCGCGCUGUGCUUGCUGAGCUGCAGAUAGAUGGUCUGACUGAAGCUGAGGCACGAUCUGUCUUGGAGCGAAGGGUUGAGAUUGGUAGUUGA